GCUGCCGUUAAACCCCAAAGAAGAAGAAGAAGACUCGAGUCACGUGUGCGUGUGAUGUUACUGGAUGAUUUCCGCUGCGGAAGUCGCUACUGCAUGUAAACAAAGAAGAAGUGUGGAGGACUAACGGACGGUCUGACACCGUGAAACGGACCCGGAGCCUCCGGUCUGUGAUGGACUGAACUCGGCAACAUGUCCAUGGAAGACCCGUUCUUCGUCGUCAAAGGUGAGGUACAGAAGGCAGUGAACGCAGCUCAGAGCCUCCAUCACAGAUGGAGCGAGUUGCUGCAGGAGGGGGGCGGAGCCUCUAAGGAAGAAAUGGACUGGACGACCAAUGAGCUGAGGAACAGUCUGCGCUCCAUCGAGUGGGACCUGGAGGACCUCGAUGAGACCAUCAGCAUCGUUGAGUCCAACCCAAAGAAGUUCAACCUGGACGCAGCAGAGCUGUCGAAGAGGAAGGCCUUCAUCGUCAGCACCAGACUCACUGUGAAGGAAAUGAAAGAGCAGAUGUCGAGGCCAGCUGUUUCCUCUACGGACAGAAAGAACAAACAGGCUCUGCUCGGCGAGCGUGGGGCUCAGGGUCCAAUAUGGCAGCCGGGUCCUGAUAAAUACAGCCGACUGGACAGCCAACUGCAGAAUGCCAACUCUCAGUUCAUAGAGGAGCAGCAGGCUCAGCAGCAGCUGAUGGCAGAGCAGCAGGAUGAGCAGCUGGAGCUUGUGUCGGGAACAAUCGGUGUCCUGAAGAACAUGUCAGAGAGGAUCGGCAUGGAGCUGGAUGAGCAGGCCGUGAUGUUGGAUGACUUCAGCCAUGAGAUGGACAACACUCAGUCAAGACUGGACAAUGUCAUGAAGAAACUGGCCAAAGUAUCUCACAUGACCAGCGAUCGUCGGCAGUGGUGUGCUAUCGGUGUGUUGCUCGCCAUCCUCUUCGUGGUCAUCCUCCUCUUCUUCAUCCUCUGAUUGAUCCCCCUCCCUUCUCAGCACAGACCUUGUCUUAAUCCUGUGUCUACUGGACUCUGCUGAACUCUGUAGCUCUCUACUGACCUCUUGUACUGUAUUGGACUCUGCUGGACUCUACUGGCCUCUGCUGGACUGUACAUUGUGCUUCUCGUCUUCACCCCUUGACCCACAUCAUCACUACCAACCUUUUCAAGUCUUCAGUCUCCAGCUGCUGUCAGCAGGAACAUCUGGGGCUGAUUUGCUGUUAACCCUGGUUCUACUGGACUCUUUUGGACCCUCCUGGACCCUCCUGGACUCUCUUCCUCAGUGGGGCUGAAAAGGCACUUCGGUUCUUUUACUGUUUGACUGAAUCAUGCAGAGGUCAAAGGUCAACCAGGGUCAAACAUGUUUGUGUGUUUCCAUGUUUUUGUUUGUUUGGAUGAUUUAUUUAAAGGGCUCCGAAAAGAACCAGUUCAACUCUACUUUAACUCCAGUUUAACUCCAGUUCAACUCUACUUUAACUCCAGUUUAACUCCAGUUCAACUCUACUUUAAUUCCAGUUUAACUCCAGUUCAACUCUACUUUAACUCCAGUUUAACUCCAGUUCAACUCUACUUUAACUCCAGUUUAACUCCAGUUCAACUCUACUUUAAUUCCAGUUUAACUCCAGUUCAAGUCUAUUUUAACUCCUUUUUGAGUGUACUUUAACCUGUUUAACCUUAACCCUGGUUAAACUCCAGUUUAACUUUGGUCUAACUCCAGUUAAACUCCAGUUUAACUUUAGUCUAAUUCCAGUUAAACUCUACUGGACUCUCUUUGUUCAGUCUGAGGUUGAAGCUUGUUGAUGGUUUGUAGAAAGAAAAUAAUCUGAAAAUACUUUUGAGGAAAAUAAUGUAAGAACACUAAAACUUCCUGCUGAUGUUUUCUGUGUUUACAGUUUGUGUUUGUGAUUUUAUCCCUGAUGCAGUAUUUAAUGUUUUUUGUUUUGUUUCCUUAAUUGAUCAGCAGAUUCUACACUUUAUUGAUCAGUGAAGUUUUCUGCUGUUGAGCUGUUAUUGAUGAAAACCACACACUUCCUGUGGCUGUUUCACAUUAAAAGUCCUUCUUCAGUGAACCUCUGGAAGGCUUUUAAUGUGAAGCAGCUGCAGCCUUAGUGGUGACACAGGGAGAUUUGUGACUAUUUUAAAACCAGUAACAAGUGAGCUGGUUAGAUGAAACAGCAGCCAAUCACAUCAUCAGCUUCAAUGGGGGUUGUUUACGGUAUGCACGGCGGCAAGAUCUCACCUGUGCAGAUGUUUGCAGGUGAUGAAAUGUUGUUAACAGUAAAAAUAUUCACAUUACUGUUUUAAUCAAACUACUGUGUUCAGAAAACCUACUGAAAAAAACACUCAUUUAACACAGACCAACCUGUAGUGUUUAUUCUGUGUAUUAACACUAAUGCAUCAUAAAUCCAUCCAGGACUUUUCCAACUAAUAUCACUAAAGAAUUCACUCUGACUUCCAGAAAAAAUGUCAGAUUUCAUCUUUAAGAAGUUGGUGUUUUGUGACAGGAUGAACCAUCCGUGUUUCCUCUCACAAGUUUAUUUCUGAAAGAAAAGCAACAUGGAGCCCUAACACCAAAAUUAACAUGAAUAAUAAUAAUUACAUGAAACCUUAUGUAGCAUAUAAAUACCUAAUAAACAGUUUAUAGCUGUAAUCAGAGAAAAGGACUUUUCAACAAUUAUUUCUCUUCUAAUUAAUCAUCCAUGACUUCAUAGUUUAUUAAGUAUUUAUUAAUUGUUCAUCUGCUGCUGCUGCUCAUAAAGUGUUACUGAUACCACUCAUUGUAUUUUGUUCACACAUCAAUUACAGCUUUUAGUUUGAUGUUAAACUGUAUUAUUUAUCAGUGAAUGAUUGGUUUGGUUGUUAAACUGUGUUAUUGAUCGGUGAAUGAUGAAAAGUUUGGUGAUAAAACAUAAGUCUGUUUUUGUUUUUGUUUCGUCAGCAGCUGAGUUAUGUGAUGUUUGUAUCUGCAAUAAACUGACUGAGAAAAGAAAA